AUGGCUUCACUGCAAAUUACGCCCCUCGGCGGCAACUUGUGCUCGAUCGCUCGCGAGUCGCCGGCCCCGCAGUUGAUUAUUGCCUUUCCCCCACAUCGUGCAUCGACGCCUGCUGACUCGAAAGUAAGCGCUCGAGCUGACUCGCAGGCAACACGGCCAAACGAGACCGGAGUUUCCAACUAACCGAUCCCUCACCUCCUCCACAGUGGCAUCUCUGACCCGCUCGUUCGCGCACACAACUGCUGCACUGACUCGAGUGUCCGCCGCCACGCGUCACGGCGCCUCUGCCCCCGCCGCUGCCCGUUCCGCUUUCCAUACCUCGUGCUCGCGACCUGUAAAGGGUGCAUUCUCGGUGAGUACAUUAUCAGCACUGUUCACAACGUCCUAUGGUCCUGAUAUACCUGUGUUCUUCGCGGGCAGGCAUUGCUGCACGGUUCACCUGAGGCCAAGGCCGAGGGCGAGAAAGCGGAAGGGCAACACUCCAAACUAGUGGGCCGUAACGUAAGUAUGGUCAACCAAAUGUUUCAAUGGUGCAGGUAGCAAUCAUCCCAAAGGGUGUAUCCUUCGAUCGUUGUCGGGGACGCCGGGGCGCGGCCCCACUUCCGGCUGUUCAGGAACGAUUUUGUGGUUUCAUAAGGUGCUGACAUUGCCUCGUCCUCCCUCUCGGCCUAUCGCCCGUACAGCGGAGCGUACACGAGUUCCAAAGUAGGUAAUAGACCAUGCGUGGCAUCCCACAUUUCUCCCCGUCGAGCUGGGUACUGACCUCGGCCCCCACUCAAAUCGGUGCCCCCCCUCCCCCCCCCGACCGCCCCGCUCCCGCCUUGGACCAUCCAACAGAACACAAGGUCUUGCCCCAACAUGUCGAACAGUACAAGGAGCUCAUUGCUGGUUACUACAAGGGCAUCCACGAGUCGGAGGACUUCCAUGCCAAGUUGACCGGCAGUUGGGAAAUCGUCGUCGGCGAGGUCGACACGUUUGGUCAGUCCGCUCCACAUCAAUUACGUAUCAGAACAUGCAGCUCACCUCGCUCGUAUUCUAUCCCUGUUCCAACGUGAGUAGUCCAUAUAUUUGAGUACGAGGGACUGACUGGCUUCGAAAAGACCAAAGCUCAAAUCAAGGCAUCCCACGCAAGCCUACUCUCCCCCAUUUCCCUUGUAUCUAAGCGAAGACUAAAUCUUGACCUCAUUCCCCUCAUUCUCACAGGGCCACCUCGAGUUCUUCAACCAUGAGAUUCUACCUCUGAUUCAAACGCGCACCUCGCAACUGAACCAAGAAUUCGCCUUUUGGCAAUGUGCCGAACCACGCACCGAUCUGGGCGGCAUCGUCGAGCUGAGGACGUAUUCGCUCAAGCCGGGAGCCUUGUUGGAGUGGGAGAACCAAUGGUCAGUUGAUUGAAUCGUGCCACAACGAAGCAAGAUUCGUCCGCGAAGAAGCUGACGAGAUUUCUUCCACUCUCCCCGGUCGUGAAUGAACAGGCGAGUCGGCCUCGAAGCUCGUCUCCGAUCGGGUCAUUCGCCUUUAGGCGCCUGGUUCUCCCAACUCGGUGAACUGCACCAAGUGCACCACAUGUGGCAUUACGCGACGCUCGAGGAACGCCGCGCGACGCGGGAGAAGGCUUGGACGAUCGAUACCUGGUCAGGAACGGUGACAAAGGUGGGACUGAUCAAAAGCACCAGGCUUGUCGUGUCGCCGAUCGAUUGCUGAACAAGGUUCUUCACGGUUGGCCUGCAGACGGUCAAGCUAACGGAAAAGAUGGACGCCAAUGUGUUGAGGGCAUUGCCCUUCUCGCCGAUGCGUUAA